GCUGGGCAUAAAGGGCAGAGCAGGGCCAGCUGUGCCUGCACUUACUUCUGGCACAGCUGUGUUUACUAGCAGCCUCAGCAGAACCACUAUGGCAGGGCUGACUGCUGAAGAGAAGGCAGCCAUCACUGGCAUGUGGAAUAAGGUGAAGGCAGAAGAAUUGGGUCGUGAGGCCCUGGAAAGGCUCCUGACUGUCUUUCCACAAAGCAAGAUAUACUUUGACCACUUUGAAGUCGUCUCCUUCCGUGCUGCCACUGAAGGUAACCCCAAGCUGAAGGCUCUUGGAAAGAAGAUGAUGGAAUCCUUUGGUGAGGGCCUGAAACACCUGGACAACCUGAACGACACCUUUGCCAGCCUGAGUGAGCUGCACCGUGACAAGUUGCAUGUGGAUCCUGAGAACUUCAAGCUCCUGGGCAGCAUGAUAGUAAUUGUGCUGUCUCGACACUUUGGCAACAGAUUUACCCCAGCACUGCAGGCUGCUUUUGAGAAGUUCGUGGCUGCUGUCGCUGCUGCUAUGGCUCACAAGUAUUACUGAGACCCUUCCUUUCGCAUAGUC